AUGGAGAGCGUCGUCCCUUGGGGGUACCCAGGGGCCCCCGCUGUGCAGCUUGCUGCAUCAAGACCCGCCGGAGCUGCUGCAGCAGCGCCAGCAGCAGCAGCAGCAGCAGCGCCUGUUGCUGCUGCUCCUACGGGCCCAACACUAGUUGAGGCCCCCCGAAGAGCGCCCGGCCCCUCUUCUCCCCGAAGCCCCUCGGGAGCAGCAGCCUUGGGGCUUCCUGCUGCACCUGGAAGGCGCAGCUCUGCGGCUUCUGUGGCAGCAAACGAAGCCGCGCCAGCAGCAGCAGCAGCAGCAACAGCAGCGAGGUCGCCGCGGAGGGCCCCCCUGGCGAGCCCCGUGGCCGUGCUGCCCCAGAGGGGCCCCAGCCGCAGCAGCCGCAGGGGGCCCCCAGGGGACUUGGGGCAGCUGCUGCCGGAGUUUCAGUACACAGACAAACCCUCGUGGUUCCGGAGGGCCUUGGUGGUUCUGAUUGUUGCAUGCGUUUCUCCUUCUUUGUUGAAAGAAGAUCCAUUUCCACCUCUGAAGCAAAUUGCGUCGAGACAGUCGCCUUUUUGA